AAUGUCUAACACAUACCUGCUAGUGUUGCUUAUUGGCGUGGUUGCUCUCACCACUCCUUCCUUGGCUGAUCAUCACUUACCACCUCACUAUGAGCACAUUCGACUUGCUUUUAGCCCCAAACCUGCCCCUGAGCACAAGCCACCAAUGCCAGUUCAUAAACCUCCUAUAGAGAAGCCAGCCCCCGAACCCCAGCCACCAAUACCUUCCCAUAAACCUCCUAGAAAAGAUUACGGCCUAGGGCAUAAGCGAUUUACCCCAGCUGAACCUCCUAAAGUAGUGAAACCAGUACCAGAACACAAGCCAACAACUCUACCUCCCAAAUCAUCAUUUUUGCCACCAAUCCAUAAGCCAUUUUCACCUCAUGAUCACUUUCCAGCACAGCCUCCAAUGGAGAGUGGUGAAGCUCCUCAAAAGCCACCACGGAAGAUGAUGCCUCCUCCCAUUCCACAUAAGGAUCCACCUAGUCCAUACCACAACGCACCUCCACCAAUCAAUGCCUACUGAGUUAGUACUAAUACAGAUACAUUACCAGUUGAAUAAGAGCUUAUAUAUAUCUUUCAUUUAUAGAACUCGUAUUAUUACUGCAGUGGUUGCCCUUCAGUGGUGGCCACCAGGCACAUCGAUCCUUAUAUUUAUCAUUGUCAAGCAGUGAAUGCUACUUGUAAUCACUUACGUAUUUUUGGAAUAAGACUCAUUACUUUAUCUA